UUAACGCUAAUAUUUUCUUGUUAAUAUACAUCAACGCACUCGAGAUAACGUUAGUGUAUUAGUGUGUAACAUACGGUAUAUACAUAUAUGCAAAUUAUGUCAGGUUGUCGUUUCUGCAUUAUUCUGUUCAUAGUAGGCAUUUGUAGUCCCCUACUGAGAGCCAGUCAAUGCGGUCGAUAUCAGCUCCAUCAUCUAUCAUGUACAGGAGCUGAUGAAAGGCUUCAAAAUCAAGACUGUGAGCAAUACGAUCCUGCGAAUAUCAAAACUGACCUACAAAACCUGACACAAGAGUCGACCGAGUCGGAGAUCGGAAUCAUUAUGUCAAGAAUCGAAUGUGAGGUGAUCAAGAGUAAACAAAGACUCUGUAACCUCAGUAUUGACAUCAGAAAAAUGGUUACCACCAACUGCAGCAACAACAGACAGAGCUAAGCUGCUCGGCACAUUGACGGGAAUCUCCAGAAUGCCACUGUCAGCAGUUAUGAAGACUGUGACACAUUCCAUUCGUUAGAAUCAGAAAUCUACAUUACAUUAUGUGUUCUAUUCGGUAAACAUUUAAACACAAAUGAGGAAUGUGAAGAAUGCAGUAACAAUCACCACAUAUGUUAUCUUUUAAUCGGUUUGUUUAAAAGUAUUGUUGCCGUAUUUUUGAUUAAUGUGUUGAUUUAUUUUAUUUGUUUAUGUGUUUCUUCAUUUAAAAUAUUAUGUAGUCUUGUGCUUGUGCCGUAUUUGGUAUACUACUUAAGUGUUAAUUGUGUUACGUUAUAAUUGCAUAGCAAAUGUGAAUGUCAGACUAUUGAAACAAAUGAAAAGGUAUUAUUUCAGUAGUAUUUUUUGUUAUUAAAUAUCACAUAUGUUUACUCUUCUUAUGUUUUCUUAAUUUUUAUAUAUGUUCUGUUAUUUCAUAUGAGAUUUUUUGAAACGAAUAUUAAUGUUUUCAUUUUUGAGCCUUGGCGUGAUAAACUCAAACUUAAGGCCAAGUUUCCUAGGCAAAUUAAUUUUGAUCACAUAACUUAGAAAACUUACUGACAGGUUGAAAGAUCACAAUGUGGAGGAUAAAAUGUAACGGGUCAGCCAUUGUACUAUGGUAUUACAUUAGUGACAUAAUCCUAUAUAUAACAUGGCUAAUUCGCUAGAUAACAGGCCUAAUAUAGAAUACAAAGUCAACGUUUUGCUGUAUUUCUUACUGAUUUUCAAUGUUUUAGUUGAUUGCUUCGUCAUGCUUAGUCAUCAAUCGUUGUAGCUGCUUUGUUACAAACUGAUAUACGUUUUAGCAGUGAUGUGUCGGAUGUUCAAACACAUAGCUCCCAUGUUUCGGACACGAAUGUACCUACGCCGUAAAUAAACAGUUAAUUGACUUUCCCAUGGCUAAAAAAUUGAAUAUGAUUCAACUCAAAUGUUCCAAGUGAUUUAAAAUUUUGGAGAAAUUUGAAUAUUGAUUACGCUGAAGCCGAUAGAAGGGAGAUUAAUCCCCCAGCCCAAUAUAAGAGCUUUAUAUAUAUAUAUAUAUAUAUAUAUUAUGUAUUGUAAGCAUACAACCAUUUCAUUAAAUGAAAUUUAAACAGAAUAUAACAGAAAGUACAUGACACUAAUUCAGUGUGUGUUGAUAUGUGUCUAAACCAGGGAUGAGCACAAUUACAUGGUAAUGUAAUUAAUUAAAUUACAAUUACUUUAGACUCUAAACUGUUUUUGAAAUUAAAAGAAACAGGUCUUCUUGAAGUCGAAGUGCUUGUUCGUUUCAUUUAUAGGUAUAAUGUAAUAAUAAUGCC